ACGGCCGCUCGCUACUGUAGCACAUACCAAAUUGUAUUCUGCUCAUUCGCCUGCGCGAGGCAAGCGUGACUAGCAGGGAGUGCAGGAGGGUCACGACAGCCAGUGGCUGAACUUCUCAUUCUCGCCCUCAAGCCACUUUUGAGGCGCCUCCGAGGCGAAAAUAGACUAAUUCUCGCCCUCGAUUCCUCCCGCGAGCAACCCGUCACGCUUCCGUCUCGCCUCUACCAUCGCUCCUCCUCCCCUGCUCCACUUAAUCCCCCACGCCUUCUGCCUCGCACCCUCCGUCGCGUCCGCGUCACGAGCGCAGAACGUUCAUAGUACCGCCGCGUGGCCAUUGUCUCGACUCAAACAGACAGGCCCGUCUGCGUGGGAAGCGUUAGCGAUGUCAGCCUGCGACCAGCUGCUAGCCGCAGCAGUAAUGCUUGGGUAUCAAAGCCUGUGAUGAGAGUUACAGCCUGGGUUACAGUUCGGGUUACAGCUCAGGUUACAGCUCGGGUUACAGCUGGGGUUACAGUACGGGUGACAGCUCGGGGUGAGAGCCAUGGCGGUUCUCCCCUCCUGUCUGCUCUCCUCCGCGGCCCUUCCCCCUCGCCUGCUGCCCAGUAUCACCGAGAUUCAGGAGUCCUGUUUCGCGCUCGUCUAUAACGCGUACGGCCUCCGCCUCGACCAAUUCCACGUCGACAAUCUCACGCUCGUCUCCUGCUGGGUCCCCGCAUCUCGCGGCGACAAACCCGCCGCAUCUGGCGCCGCGAAUCCCGCCGCGAAUCUCGCCGCGAAUCCCGCCGCAGUUCCCGCUAAACCGCCUCUACUGCUCCUGCACGGGUUCGGCGCGUCGUCGCUAAACCACUGGAUCAAUCAGCUCCCGCGUUUUCCCGCCAUUUCGACCUCUAUAUUCCCGACCUCCUGUUCUUCCGCGGCUCGUUCUCCCGCAGCUCGCGGCGCGACGAGCGCUUCCAGGCGGAGGCGAUGAUGGCGCUGAUGGACCAGCUGCGCGUCGAACGGUGCGCGGUAGUGGGCGUGAGUUACGGCGGGAUUAUCGCUCACAAAAUGGCCACACUGUGUCCCGCACGAGUGACCAAGCUUGUCCUGGGUGGAGCGGGGCUCAUGCUAACCAAAGGGGAGGUGCAGGGGGUGCUGCGGCAGUGGCAUGCGGACACACCCACGGACCUCUUCCUGCCUGCCGAGCCUCGUGGCUUGCUCCGGCUGAUCAGGCUUGGCAACAACGAGGCGCCGUACCUCCCAGACUGGCUGCUGCAGGACGCCCUAGAGGUGCUGUUUGAGAACCGGGCGGAGAAGGCAGGGCUGCUGGAGGAAUCGCUGAAAGCAGCCGAGGCGAAUGCAGAGGACCCGGGGAGCAUUGCUGUGCCACACAUGGGAACCCUACUUGUGUGGGGCGGCAGCGACCAGCUCUUCCCUCUCGCCAUCGCGCAUCGCAUGCAGCAGCACUUUGGCUCGAGCUGUCGCCUGGAGGUGAUUGAGAAGGGUGCACAUGCCAUUCAGGUACACCAAGCCGCACGGUUCAACAGCGCGGUUCUCUCCUUCCUCUCCAAGGCUGGAUCAGAUUAGAUCGCCAGCAAGCCUGCAGCCCACCUCUCUUCUCUCAAGGCUCAACACCAUCCUCCUCCCCUCUCUCUCCAGAAAUGAUUCAGAUUUAUUCAUCCGCAGCCCACAUGUUCCUAAUUAAGGGCACAACGGUACCGUUUGAAAUGCCGCUUUUGUAGAUUAAUCCGCCCCAAGCCAAGUCAACCCACAUCCAAAUAAAUACGCCCAUCCCUACCUAACCCUAACCCCACCCCGAUAAUAAGUCUUCCCCAACCUAACUCUACCGAGCUCAGAUUACACUGUUUUCCCCAGCAGCAGCAGCAGCGGCAGCAUAACUAGCAGCAGCAGCGGCAGCACAACUAGCAGCAGUAGCGGCAGCACCAACAGCACCGCCAACAGCAGCACGGGGGGCAGAAAGGCUUGGAGGAGCUCCACACCACAAUGUGGUCACUGUGGACACUGGCGGUUGAGCACCUAAUUUUCUUCCCCUCCGCUCCACUCCUUCCCUACUCCCAAGUUGAUCUGCUGAUCUGCGAUUUUGUGUGCUACAUGGCCAUGAGUCAUGACCAGGGUCACAGAUAUCAUACGAAAUCGGUCUGAUGGUCUGAAAAUCAGACCUGUUUUUUUCCAUGCAUAUUAUUUUUUGACAGGCUAAAUUAAUUCGUCUUAUCGACCAGAUAAGCCAUAAGACUUCGUCUGAAAGUUCAGAGCAGGGCCUCCACACCCCUAGAAUGUCUAGUUUUUCUGGCUAAGUGCCCUACACAAGAGAUAUUCCUCCACACACCCCUCACAACAACAAAAUUUGGGGACCCUCGGUCUGGCUUGUUUUGUUAAAUUAUAUCUUUGAUAUAUAAUUGGUAGGCUUGGUAGGUGUUACUGAAACCUACUGUAGAGGGUACAACCCCGCUCCUUGUAGCCCUCUCUCUUCUAUUCUCUCUCUUUUCUCUCUACCCGUAAUCCCCCGUAUAAAACACCCGCCGGAAUUAAGCUCCCCCGGGUAGCUUGAGCGGGUAUGGGUGUUUAAUUUUUCUGGAUAUACACAACACCCUACUCUCGGACGUGAAAACAUUUGAACACCCCCCUGCCACUAGAAUCUCCAUUUCUAG